AUGAUCACGCAGAAUUCCAUACCGGAGGUGAAAGAGGAUUUUAUUGGCUACGCUCUAAAUGAGAGAAAGGCCAGGUUGCCGCAGUUUCGAGACUUAGGUCCGCCGGACUUGAUCACGCUAGCAAAGUACUUGCCCACCUCGAGCAACACGAAUACUAUCAACAGUACGAGUAGGACCAACGGGGCUGCAGUUCAGCCACCCGCCGCAGCUGCACCCGAUGGCUCUGCCGCUUCCGUAAUAACCAACGGAGACAGUAACGAUGCCGCUGUUACCACCAACUCCACAACUGCUUCUCUGUUCAGUAACACUAGAGCCGGUAAUGACGCAGCUUCUAUGGUCACCGAGUUCCAUCCCUACAAUAAGCUAAAGGGAGAGAUCGGAACAUUUUUCUAUUCCAUGGGUAUUGAUACAUCCGGCCCGACCUCGGUUGCGAUCUUCUUAAAGAGAAUCUCGGACAUUAUCACCGAGAUGCCUCAAAUUUGGUUUGGUAAGAGGAAAAUCUUCCAGGUUUCUCGGAUUUCAUUUUCCUCCUGGAAUGCGUUCAGGAAGUGCGACGUCAAUGUCAUCGUUCACAUCCCGGGCACAAUCCAAAACUUCAUAGUAGACUGCAACGGUGAAAAUGUGGAAAUACAAUCGCAUGCGGACGAGGAUCUCAUAUGGGCGGAAACGUUCAUAAGCGGAGUCGUGAGGUCAAUCAUGCUGAUGAAAGAUAAUGCAGAAGAAGGCGAGCUGCAGAACUUGGUAGAAACUUUGAUUUUGAACCCAUUGACAACGUGGCAAAUAGAUGAAACGUCUGAGUCCUUCAUUGAAUUGUUCCCAGUGGUGUACCACAAAGGACCACUAUUAGGCGCGCCUUACUAUAUAGCCAAUGUAACCAACACAAACAAUUACUUGGUGGAAACGCUGGUAGAAAUAGUAAAGCUAACCCGUAAUGUCACCAUGGCGGAGACAAUGCUCAAGGACCUGGCAGCCAAAAACCCCGAGGCAAUUAUAAUACUGGUCAAGAUUUACUUGGCGUGUGACAGAGAAAUAGACGCAAUGAAACUGAUAUACGACGAGUUGUCACCUGACAACAAGACCAAAAGCGCUAAUAUUGACAUGGACUACAAAUCCGAGCUAUUGUGUUUACAAGCGGAAUUUUUAAUAGACAAAAAGCAAGAUUACGCUUUAGCUCAAAACAUAGCACAAGAAGCCGCUAGUUGUUCUCCGAGUGAGUUUAGACCAUGGUAUAUUUUAUCUAAGGCAUACGUCAGGUUGAAUGAUAUCGAAAAUGCAUUACUGAUACUGAAUUCGUGCCCCAUGUCCCCGCUAAAGGAAAAAUAUAUUCUAAAAAGAGUAGUUCCAUUGCCCUCUAGUAAUAGUCUACAUUUACCACUGCCCAUCGAUGUUGUGCUAGAUGAAGUGACAUCGUUGAAUCCGCAGGACGUCCAAAAGGAACACCAGUCUGCAGACCCGAUGUUAGUCAAUUUGGCCGCAUCGAAUUUGAAGUCCACUUUCCAACUGGCAUACAGGCUAUUAACGGAGAUCGUGCAAAUCACCGGCUGGGAAAAUCUGUUGAAAUACAGGUCAAACAUCUUUGUUAUGGAGGACGAAUACCAAAAUUCGUCAUCUUCGUUGCCCAGGGGCGUUGAGAAACAAGAAGAAGUGCCACUAAGGGCCAAAAGGCUUUGUGAAAGAUGGUUAGACAACCUCUUCAUGCUCUUGUAUGAAGACUUGAAGAUGUACACCUUGUGGCAAACCGAACAACUGUAUAUGGACGUACAAAACAACAACCAUAAUAAGUUGACGUUUGAAUGGGAGCUAUUCGGGCUCUGUGCACGUCGGUUGGGGCACUUGCCCGAAGCCGCCAAAGCAUUCCAGAAUGGCUUAUCGCAGAGGUUUUCAUCAAGGUGCGCCCGGAAGCUGUUGGAGUAUUGCGUGAACGAGCGUCAACGAAUUAAAAAUUUUAUCAACUCGCCAAACUCACACGACAUGGCUCCGGAGGUGAUUAGCUCGCGCAUAAGAGAGCUAGAUAACAGCAUCAUUGACCUUUGCGUGAAGAUAUGUUGCUGGAACCACCGCUGGUACACCGAGUUCUCCAUAAGUCUACUGGACUCGUUAAGCGUGGUCAUUCAAGACAUGGGGUUGACUAAAGUGUCCAACGAAAUCUCGUCAAGAUACUCGGAGACCGUUUUCAAGCUGGCUCAAGAGAACAUGCUCGAUUUCUUUUCCACCUGCACCAAUGGGUACUACGACGCAUAA